ACUCCACUCCCACCAAAGCACAAGAUGGGGCUGAUCUGGACACUUAUCCUCUGUUUCCUUGCUACAGUACAAGGAGCACAGGUUUGCUACGACCGACUCGGAUGCUUCUCUGAUACCUACCCAUACGCUGGGACUUUACAAAGACCAAUUGCAAAACUACCAUGGUCUCCAGAAACCAUUAACGUCCAGUUCAUGCUGUACACCCGGACCAACCAGAACAGCUACCAGAUAAUCAGCGCCACAAACCCCUCUUCCAUCUCCUCAUCCAACUUCAGCACCAGCAGGAAGACCCGAUUCAUUAUUCACGGAUUUAUUACCAGUGGGACUAAUUCCUGGAUCACAAAUAUGUGCAAAACUCUUUUCCUAGUGGAGGACGUGAACUGCAUUGCCGUCGACUGGAGCGGUGGUUCCCACACCCUUUACUCUCAGGCCUCCAAUAACGUGCGGGUUGUGGGCGCAGAAGUGGCUUAUUUUGUAAAGACCCUUCAGAAUGACUUUGCCUAUUCCCCGGCCAAUGUGCAUCUGAUCGGACACAGUCUGGGAGCUCAUGCGGCUGGAGAGGCAGGGAAGAGACAGAGAGGCAUCGCAAGAAUCUCUGGGUUGGACCCAGCUGAGCCUUGCUUCCAGAACACUCCCCCAGAAGUCAGACUGGACACCUCCGACGCCGCUCUGGUUGAUGUUAUUCAUACUGACGCUGGUCCUUUUAUUCCAGAUCUUGGUUUUGGGAUGAGCCAAGUGAUUGGCCAUCUGGACUUCUUCCCUAAUGGAGGAGUUCACAUGCCGGGAUGCCCCCAGAAUAUGGAGGUCCCAGAUGCCACCGUGGAAGACGUGUGGAGUGGUGUCAUUAACUUUUUAACCUGUAACCAUGAGAGUGCAGUCAAGUACUACACCGACAGUAUCACCAGUUGCAACGCAUUCGUGAGCUACCCCUGCGCCAACUGGGAGACCUAUGAGACGGCGCGAUGCAUUAGCUGCCCCAGUGCCGGAUGCCCAAGGAUGGGUCACUACGCAGACACAUACGAUGGUGUCACCUCUUCCAGCCAAGUCUUUUAUCUCAGCACCGCUUAAUAGCAACUCCUGAAAAUGUCACAACUGUACCAACCACAGCUCUAAUUAAAUUUUAUUUUGC